UGUACAGAAUACUUUGCUGGCAGUCAGAUCAUGUUUUGGGCAUCAGACUUUGAAUUACGUCAACAGCAUUUAUGUAUUGCAAACCAAAAAAAGACAUGAAAUUUUGAGUACAUUACUAUCAUAUAUGCACGCCUGUACUACCUAUUAUCAUCAAGGUGAGGAUUUGUGUGAGGAUCUUCAACCAUUUUUUAAAAAACUAGCAAAUGAGAUUGCUGUUAUGAGAGUGGAAACAAACAAAGUCGAAAAAGAAUUGGAAAAUUCCCACGGCUUAGUAUCAGACACGGAAAUCACAUCAGCCCUUUGCAAUUCGGCUGAUAAAAAAUCACCAAAAUUGGAAGGUUACCUUUUCAAAAGGACCUCAAAUGCCUUCAAAACUUGGAACCGAAGAUGGUUCUAUUUGUUUGAUAAUAAACUUGUUUACAGGCGAAGAUCUGGAGAUGAACAUGAAACAGUAAUGGAAGAUGAUUUGAGAAUUUGUACCGUAAAACCUGUAACAGAUGGAGAGAGAAGAUUUUGUUUUGAAAUUGUUUCCCCAUCCAAAAACCACAUAUUACAAGCAGACUCAGAAGACAUGUUUCAAUUAUGGAUAGAAGCUUUACAAAAAGGCAUUGGUGCCGCAAUCCAAAAAAUUCAAAGCAUUGAUAUACAAAAAAACACGGAAAUAAACAAAAGCGAAAAUUCUGGCUUUGACAAUAAUAACAAGACAAAAAGCAAGAGGGCCUGGGAACAAAUAAUAAAACUCCCAGGAAACAACGUUUGUGCCGAUUGCAAAGCUCACCGACCCCAGUGGGCCAGUAUUAAUUUGGGAAUUGUCUUAUGCAUUGAUUGUUCUGGUGUUCAUAGAAGCCUAGGAGUACAUCACAGUAAAGUAAGAUCCUUAACCUUAGAUGACUGGGAGCCUGAAGUUGUUAAACUGAUGACAGAGUUGGGAAAUACUGUUGUUAAUAAGAUUUAUGAGGCUAAAGUGCCUGAAUCAAUUCAGAAAGCUUCUGAUCAAUGUCCAGGCACAAUUAGAGAAGACUGGAUACGUAAAAAAUAUGUUGAAAAACUAUUUGUAAUGGAUUUGUCUGAAUUAUUGCAAUCAGAUUCACUAUCUGAUGGGCUUUGUUUAAACUCAAACAAAGAUAAGUGGCGGGUUAAAAAAGGUGCUAAAGCAAAUGAGGUUCUAAAAAAUCAAGCUGAAUCUGAAAGUGACUGUGAUGAAAAUUCAAGCUGUGAUAUAAAUCAACAGACCGAAGAAGAAGAUAAUAAUUAUGGUGCUGAAGAAACUAUAGAAAAUUUACAUUCCAACCUAUUACUGUACAAAGCUGCGGAGUCUUAUAAUUUGAUAGUAAUGUGCCAAGCAUUUGCUUUGGGUGCUGAAAAAAGUUGGACAAACGAACAAGAUAAAAAUAGGCAACCUUUACACGCUGCAGUAAUAAGUGGUUCAGUGUUGCCAUGUGUUUAUUUAUUACUUAACGGUGCUAGAUUGAACGUUCAAGACCAAGAUGGUAAAACCCCGUUGCAUUUAGCCACAUCUGAAGGCCACACUGCGCAAGUUUGUCUAUUUUUAAAGUACCGAGCCGACCAACAUGUGAAAGACAACGAAGAUAAAGUGCCUUUGACUUUGGCAGAGGAAAAAGAACAUGCUGAUAUUGUUACUUUGCUUAGACUAGGGCGAUUAAAUGAAGAAAUGAGAGACAACGAAACCACCGGGGAUGAAAUGUUCAACGACGUAGUGCGAGAUUUUUCCAGGCUUGCUUAUUCCAAUCCAGAAAAAUUACAGAGGCAAAAAUAUGAUGUAUAAAAGAGAUCUCAUAAUUUUUGAUGUUCUGGCAAAAAUCUGUAGUUUUUGGCUUCUUAACAUCAUGCUUCUAAUAUAUGCUUAAAAAUGUUAAGAUUUUAAUUAUUCAAGUAUUGUUUUGCUCAUGCUGCCUUUAGUGCAUUAUUUCCUAGUUUUAAUUCCAUUAGCC